UGCCCAUCUUCCUCUACUUUAUAUGUGGGACACCUGCCACAGCAUGGCUUGAUAAAUGAUGGUGAGAACUGGAUUGAGGAUCAGUUAAUUAUAAAGCAGAAAACUCUUGAAGUGGGGAUACGACUGCAUGAAGGAUAUGAAUGUGAACAAAAAUGAGAGGGAGCCUGUGAAUGUGGACAAAACUUUGGUAAUAUCGCAAACCUUAUCCAACAGCCACAAACUCUUACUGAAAUCUCCAGUGUGUAACAUAUGUGGAAAAUUAUUCAGGCGGAACUCUUACCUUGCUCAGCAUGAAAAAAUCCACAGACAAGAGAAACCUUAUGAGUGUCAUGAAUGUGGAAAAGCCUUUGGCCACAGUUCAAACCUUUUUCAGCAUCAAAGAAUAUACUGAAGAGAAACCCUAUGAAUGUAGUGAGUGUGGGAAGACCUUCCGGCGCACCUCACACCUCACCCAGCAUCAGAUAAUUCAUACAGGAGAGAUGCCUUACAUGUGUAACGAAUGUGGAAAGGCUUUUGGUCGGAGCUCAAGUCUUCUUCGACAUCAGAGAAUCCACACUCGGGAGAAACCCUAUAAAUGUACUGCAUGUGGGAACGCCUUUAGUCAGAGCUCAAAUCUAAUAGAACAUCAGCGAGUUCACACCAAAGAGAGACCAUAUGAAUGUAAUGACUGUGGGGAAACUUACAGUCGUAACUCGCACCUUCUUGAGCAUCGGAGAGUCCGCACAGGGGAGGCUCCUUAUGAUUGUAAUGAGUGUGGGAAAUCUUUUAGUAGGAGUUCACUCCUUAUUAAACAUCAUAGAAUUCACACUGGAGAGAGACCCUAUGAAUGUCGUGAAUGUGGGAAGGCCUUUAGUCGGAACUCCCACCUUGUUCAGCAUCAGAAAACUUAGUGGAGUCAAACCCUUUGAAUGCAAAGAAUGUGGAAAAACCUUCAAGUGUAGUUCCUACCUUAUUGAUCAUCUGGGAAUCCAUACAAGGGAGAAACCAUGAAUGAAAUGAAGGGGGUCAAGCCUUUGAUCAGAGUUCACCUCUUAUUGAACAUCAGAGAACUUGCGCUGGCGAGACACCCUUUGGGUGCAGUGAGUGUGGACGGCCUUCAGUCCUAGUUCAACUCUUAUUCAGGCCCGAAAGUCUGCAUAGUGGACAAAUCUCAUGUGUGUGUUCAGUGUAUGAAAACCGUUAGGAGUUCUCGCUUUGUUCAGCAUCAGCAGCUUCACUUUGGAGGAAUGAUGGAUAAGGGAAGAGCCUCUUUUGUGUUGAGAGUCUACACGAAAGGGGCAUUAAUGCAGCACCACAGAGGUGAUGACUAAAGUGGAACCUUUCGCACUUCUUUUAUUUGAUAUGGAUGAUCUACAUCAGAGGGAGAUUCUAUGCUUUGCAUUUCAAAUCUCCAUAGACAUCCUUCGAAAAUGGGAUGAGUUAGGUCCAUUCCAGGGGAGAAAGAAUCAGAGAAUUCUGGAUUCAGACUCAUAGAUCAGGGAAGCAGUAGGGUGACCUUUGAACCCAAUAGCUUUCCUUCUGUCUCAUCUGUCCUGUUUGUUGUAACUGUAGAUGGAAAUGUCUCUUGGGUCUUCUCGGGCCAAUAUUUCGCUCCUCAGUGUCCUGCAGACUACCGAAUCUCUUUUUGUUUUAUAUGACAUAAAUGCACUUAAUAAAUGAGCAGAUUUUCUAAGCCAAAUAA